AUGAACGUAAAUGUUGUGAUUAGUCGUCAAGCUUCAAUAGUAGAUAUGGACAAAAUAAUGUACCUUAAUCCCAAUUGGAUACCAAAAUUGCGCUUGUUUUUGGGUACUGAGUUUGAAGAAGUAGAAAAAUCAAAAAUAAAAUGGACUCGUACUGGAAUUUGGUUAAAGUUCAAAAAUUUUGAAAAUGCAUUGAAAGGACGGGUAAACGCUUUGUCAGAAUAUGUACAGGAAAAAGAGAAAAUUGAAAAAGAAACUGAAAAAUCGUUUUUGAAUUUGUUAAGUGACACGAAAGUUUUGGACAUUAAUACUGCUAAUGAAAAGCCACUGGCUAUUUUAGAUAAGGUUGAACAUGGAAAAAAUGUUGAAAUUCCUUUUGAUUUAUUUUUCCUUGAUUUUAUUAAAGAAAUAAAAUAUGGUACUAUUAUCCACAACAAAGUGGAUAACAAACCAAUUUUCAAAGAAAAUCAAAAGAUGUCUUUUAAAACAUAUUCAAUGGAUUACCGUUUAUUAUCAAAUUUACAAGAAAUGAUUAGAAAACCAUCUUUCCUCUCUGAAAAAAUUAUAACACGUUAUUAUUGUAUGGCUAAUUUGUUUUCUUUUGGUAUGGAAGCGUUAUUCUAUAAUUCUCAAAGCUCAUUGACUAGAACAGGCAAAGUUUAUAAAACAUUCCCAGAUGGAAAAGAACUUUGGUAUAACGAUUUUUCCGAAGCUGACGAAAUUAUUUCUGUCCAAAUAUUUGAGACAGAGACAACAAUACAAAUCGAGUCAGAAACACCUAUGGCAAUAGUUGAAUUAAUUGAAGAAGUUAAAAAUGAAAGGGAGGAAUUGAAAGAGAUGAAUGAUGAGGAAUUUAAAAAGAAAAGAGAAAAAUCAGUUAUGGAAGAAAUAGUAUAUGAACUUAAAAAAGAAUUGAACGAAAAAUUAAAAGAAAUAAAAAAAGAACAUGAUAGAAUAUUUGAAGAAAAGAAAAAAAGGGUCGGUAAAUUAGUGAAAGAAGAAUUAAAUGAAAACGAAAACAAUAAAGAACUGAAAGAAAAAUUAGACAAUAAAAGAAACGAAUAUAAUAAAUUGUUAGAAGAAAAGAUAAAAGUCGAAAAAUUUAAAAUUUUGAAGGAAAGCAUAGAAGAUGGCCGUAAAAUAGUUUUGGAAAAAUAUAAUGAUUUUAUUGUUGAAUUAAAAGAAAUGUGGUCUAGAGCUAUUUUUUAUCAAGUAUUUAAUGAAGUAUAUAAAAAAGAGGAGAAAAAGAAUGUGAAAAUUAAAUUUAGUAAUGAAAAGGAAAAAGGAGAAGCUAGCUCUAGCAAAGCAACAAUUCAAGAUAAACAAGACGAACAUCUUCCUCAUUUUGACGAAAACGGUGUAAUUAGAAAAACAUUUUUGCUUAAAAUUUAUGGAAAAGAAAAUGCAGUAAAAUUGGUUAAAGGAAAAAAAGAUUCAGCAAUUUUUGUGAAUAUAUACGAUGAAAAUACACUUGAAACAAAUGAUGGCAAGUUAUAUAAAUCUCACUGA